CUACCAGCAAAAUAAAAUAUAAAAAAGCCCUCUUCUCUCUCAUCUUGCGUGAAGCCUUAGGGUUUCUCUAAGAUUCGCACUCAAAUUAUACUCAUUUCCGAGGGAAUCGAUCCUGACACCUUCGAUAAUCUUCUUCUCCACGAGCUUAUCUAUCUGCUGAUACAGUUUUCUUCCCUCGCCGUGGAGAAUCGAGCUGGAUUUCAUACGAGGGUCUGUUUUCUUCGUCUCCGAUUGUCAAGUACAAUGGUACUGAUGAAAGAGAGAAGCCAGGUGGCGUAAAUCUCCUUGAAGACAAAAUCAUUAUGGGAUCCUCCAUCAAGAUAAAUUCAAUAUCCAUAGAUCUAGCCGAUGAAGUUAAUGCGGGGAAAUGCGAACAUUUCUCCAUACGUGGAUUUGUAGCUGAGGUCCGCGAGAGAGACCAUAGAAAAUGCUGGCCAUUUGCAGAAGAUACUGUUGAGUUAGUGAACGACCAAAGCUAUUCUCUUCCCUCUUUGCCAGUUCAUAAGUCCAGAUGGUGGCGUUGUGCGAGCUGCAUCAGAGAUAUCCACGCCAAAGAGAUAAACAAUGAUAGUGAUUGUCGAUUGCAAUCACACUCUAGGGAGACAAAGCUCGAUGUGCUCUCUUCAGCCAUCCCGAGUAAAAGAAAACCAAACUCGCUGAUUGUCACCGACAAGAAAGAGAAGAAAAAUAAUGUUCGGACAGCUACAUUGCUCAAGAAAGUUCGGCGCGGAGCUAAGGAUGCUUCAACCCUUAAGAGCAAGAAUCGCAAACUUGCCAGUCCAGAGCAAAUCAGCAAGAGAUCUAGAGAAAAAACAAACCUUUCAAGGGAAAUUAUGGAAACAGUGACAGCUUUUGGGUCAUCUGAGAUUGCUGGUGUGGUUGAUGAUACACCUGAUAAGACAAUCAAGAGGUAUACUCAUGUUUCAACAGAACGGGGUGAAUGUGACAACGUGUCACCAGAAAGUAGAAACCUUCUUGGGUUGCAUCGUAGGAAAACUCGGAAGGUUCGUCUCCUCAGUGAGUUGUUGAGUAAUGGAAACAAAGAAGCUCUGUCUAAAAGGGAAUCGGUUAGAGGUAGAAAAAGAAAGUAUUCUGGAGAUGCUGCUGAGAUGAGUAAUUACGCUAGUAGGAUACUAAGCACAAUUGGCAAAACAUCUGAAAACGCUUCCAAGAGUUGUGACUCUGAAGAUAAUACUGUUUCUGGCGCAGAUUCAAGACCAAUUGUUGAGAACGAAUCUACUGACAGCGGAUUUGACAGAGAGAUCAUUAAGGGAAAGAAGAGAAACAGAAAGUUUCAAGUUGUCGAAGAUUGUUUUCCAGAAACUUCACAAAAGGAUCCAUAUCACUAUGCCAGUAAUGUUCAAUCCUCAUUUGCAGGGAAAGAGCUGGUUCCUUGUCCUCUGCAUACAGAGAGAACAGAGAAAGAGCUCAGUUUAGCCAAAAAAAGAAAGAGGAAAGCUAUGAAAGAUAACAAGACGAGUACUGUUAUUACUUUUAGUAACGACAUGGAUGAUGUGGUUAAACUGAGAAAGCCAGAUAAUUUUCCAAGAAAUACAAUGCCCCAAUCUACUCGAGAUUUUCUUAAUUCGAAAUGGCUCGACAGUUCACUUGACAAAUUUUUGGCGUCAGAUGGGCAUUUCAAUAAGUAUACUCCUCAGCUUAAUGAUAGGCUGCCUUUACAAGAAGAAAUGCAUUACAAGGAAGGUGGUCGUGAAAUGCUGAAAGGUAUUGGGACAAACCAUUUUCAAAAUUUUGGUUCAUCCUUUAAGUCCACCAACGCUGAUGGGUGCUUAAGAACUGGCGUAAAUGUUAACUUUAGCAGCAACAGAGAUACCAUUAUAUCAUCUUCGCUGAAUGAUAAGAUAAGACACACCUCUUCUACAGAAGUUGCGGAUACUUCUUGUGCUCUGCAAAAGGAUUUUUCCUUGGCACACGGAAAGGGCAAAGAAGUUGCGGUUCAGGAACUUUCCGUAGCACACAGAAGCCAAUGCAAGACAUCUGAGCAUAUAGAUGAUAUUCCCAUGGAAAUAGUCGAGCUUAUGGCUAAAAACCAAUACGAAAGGUGUCUUCCUGACAGAGAAGAGGACAAACAGCCAUCGCAAGCAACGACAAGCGUAUCCAAGAACGCUCUGUUGAUUGAUCUCAAUGAAACCUACGAUAACAGCAUGGACAACACAGUAAGGCAGCCAAAACCACUUGGUCAGAACGCUAGGAACAGCGAUGCUGCACAUUUUAUGACCGGAAAGCAGAGCUCUUUGGAAUGUUUCCCGACAAGUUAUAAUGUGUCUUUCGGAGUUGGGAAUCCUCCUCUUACUCGAGAUAAACAACCAAGCUCCGUCCAGUUUUCUGGUGUACUAGGGCCUAAUUCUCAGUGGCUUGGUCAUGUGCCAACAACUAUGGCUAAUCAACAGAACCCAUCUCCAUCUUCAUAUCGGGUAUUACGUGCGUGUAACACUUGCCAGAGUGUUCAACAGCAGCAGUUUAGAGAAGCUUCCCAUCCUGUUUGGCCAUCCUCCUUAACAUCAUCACCAGCUCAUAAACCAGUUUCUCUCAGUAUGCAGAAGUUCAUGGAUCAGCCAAUAAAGCUUGGUAAUCCAAAUACUCUAAGCCUGAAUUUUAGUGAUAACGGGAAGCAAAAACUUGGCUUUGAAGGUGUCAGUAGCAGACCAUUGGACACUUAUUCUAAUGAAAGCAGUAUACCAGCGAUGCAUCUACUGAGCCUCAUGGAUCCGAGGCUAAGGUCUAACGUUCCCGUUGAUCAGAGCCGGAACACUAACUUUGUGAAAAGGCCUUUUUGUAACCAGUCCAAGGAAUUUGCAGCACCUCGACCAGAGGACUGUAAUCAGACAGCCUACUCCACAAAGCAGUGGCCUUUCGAUCUCUAUAGCAAAACAUCAGCAACUCCUGAGCCAUGUCGUGAGAAUUUCUCAAUCAUUCCACCAGUUGGGACAUCUUCAAUUUCGUUUCAAAGUGAAAAGAUUUCUGCAGGUAACGCUGUCUUCACACCCCAAGCUUCAUGGAACCAUCACCAGGAGAAGAAACCCAAGAGGAAAGACAAAAACUUUGCGCCGGUUUACAACAACAGUAAGCCGAUCUUCACAAGCAGCAGCAGCAGCGAGCCUGGGAAAUUCCAGCUUCUUGGAGCAUCAGAUUCCAUGAUGCUACCACUGAAGUUUCACAUGACAGAUAACGCCAAGAAACAGAAGACGAAGAAAGCUCAGUGCAACAACGACGUCUCUGCUUGUCCUCCAAGGAGCAUCUCUGGACCUUACGUGUGCAGCGUCAAUAGAAACCCAGCUGAUUUCACCAUUCCUGAUGCACCUGGGAACGUUUAUAUGAUUAAGGGUGAAGAUCUUAAGGUGAAAAAACACCCGGGCUUCAAGAAAAAAUCAAGCUUGUAUAAGCAGGAUGUAUUAAAGCAAAACAACUCUAUUGCUCCUAACAUAGAGAAUGCCUGAAACUUGGGCCGUGUUUAUGUUAUGAAUUGACAAACAUUGGCCUAGGGCCUAAUUUUAAUAAAAAAAACUC